AUGGUGCUUCGGCAUGCAGUUCGUUUCCACCUGUGUCGACGCAGUCACGUCGACCGCCGUCAUCACGACUAUCUGAACCUUCUGGUAGGGCUUCUUGUUCUCUUCGGAAAGCCGAUUGAGAUCAGGGUAACCAGUGAAACAGGAUCAUCUACGGCCACCGCUCGGCCCCGACGUCGCUUCCAAAGCUCAAGACUAAUCGGAGAAUAUGAGAAACCUUGGUUACAGACAGGAAAGCGACGAUGGGACUGGGAUCGUACCAUCUUCUACAGCGCUAUAGGGAUUGCUCUCGCGUUAUCCGGAUUCAUAUGCUAUCACUCCGUCGCCAGCGUCCCGAAGAAUGAUUACUGCCUGAUUCUGGACGACGAUUUCUCCACCUUGGAUACCAAUACCUGGAACCAUGAAGUACAACUGAACGGAUGGGGCACGGGCUCCUUUGACUGGACCACCAGUGACCCUCGCAAUUCCUUUGUCGACGCGGAAGGACUCCACAUCGUCCCGACCCUGACGCUGCAAGACACCGAUAUCACCCCGGCUCAGAUGGUGGAUGGUCACGUUGUGAACCUCACGGCCGCCGGCACCUGCACCACCCAAGACCAACGUCUCUCCAAUCUCACCACCGUGUCCAAAUGUUCCAUCCGCAGCAAUGUGACUGCGGGACAAAUCAUCAAUCCCGUACGCUCGGCUCGACUGACCACGGCGGGGAAGAAGAUGAUCAAAUACGGCCGAGUCGAGGUGGUUGCCAAACUGCCAGCGGGCGAUUGGCUGUGGCCUGCAAUCUGGAUGAUGCCCCAAGAUUCCGUCUAUGGUCCCUGGCCCGCUAGUGGUGAGAUAGAUAUUGCGGAAAGUCGUGGCAACGAUGCACAGCGAUACCCAUUGGGGAACAACAUCAUUAGCUCGUCAAUGCACUGGGGCACCAUUUACGAUAACGAUGCGUAUAAGCUCAGUACGGGCGAGUGGGGUUCCAAACGCACCAAAUACUCCGAUGGAUACCACACAUUUGGGCUCGAAUGGUCAGAAAAGUAUCUCUUUACGUGGCUGGACGGGCGUCUCCGGCAAGUCCUGUUCUUCGAUUUUACCAAGAAUAAAAACAUGUGGACGUAUGGUAAAUUCGCCGGCACCGAUGUCAAUGGCUCCGCGCCCUAUAAUCCGUGGAGUUCUGGCGUGUUCAACACUCCCUUCGACCAGCCAUUCUACUUGAUCCUGAAUGUCGCAGUGGGAGCGACUAAUGGCUACUUUCCAGACCAAGUGGGCAGCAAGCCAUGGAUGGAUAAAAGUGACACCUCCAUGCGGGAUUUCUGGAUGGCAAACAGCUCCUGGCUGCCGACUUGGGGAGAUACGCACAGUCGCGCUAUGAUCGUCAAGUCGGUCAGAAUGUGGCAGCAGGGUUCCUGUUGA